GGGCCAAGAGGGGUCGAGUCUAAGUUACUAGGCAAAUGCCGGCGACCCCCCACCUGACCCGACGCGUACGCCAACUCAAUCUGAGAGAACGCGUCAGUGACAAGUUCCAUCUUAAUAGUGCGCUCCUUCCUCCUCAUCCCCUGAUUAAUCAACCAUGAUGGAAGCUAUCUCACACGCAGGAACAGUCCUCGGCGUACUCGCAAAGGACGGAGUUGUCCUGGCCGCUGAGAAAGCUGCGAAAGAAGGCGGGGGCUAUGGCGGCAGUGGAGAGAAAAUGUUCUUAUUAAACUCAAAUGUAAUCGGAGGCGUUGCAGGCAUCACGUCUGAUGCGAAUUCGCUGGUGAACUACGCGCGGACUGUGGCACAACAACAUCUUUUGCAGUAUAAUGAUGAUAUACCGGUCGAGCUUCUUGCACAACGAUUGUGCGAUAUGAAGCAAGGAUAUACGCAAUUCGGAGGUCUACGUCCUUUCGGUGUCUCCCUGCUAUAUGCAGGCUAUGACCCACAUUACCAUUUCCAACUGUACCAUUCCGACCCAUCUGGCAACUACUCCGGGUGGAAAGCAACAUGCAUCGGGGCGAACAAUGGCACAGCACAGAGCUUACUGAAGCAAGAAUACAAAGACGACUUGGGCGUCGAGGAAGCUAUCGGGCUCGUACUGAGGGUAAUGAGCAAGACGAUGGACAGCACGACUCUUGGAAGCGAAAAGCUCGAAUUUGCAGUCCUCACAUACGACGAAGCAGCGAAAGCACCAAAAGCCAAGAUAUACAAGCCUGCAGAAAUUGAUGCUCUGCUUCGGGCGGAAGGGCUUGCGAAGAAGGAUGAGGAUGCAGAGAUGAAGUAAUUGAUCAUACUCGUAGCUGUAUUCGUGUACAACAAUUUCUUCAACCUUCGGAGUGAGCAAGGUAUAUUAAUUAUGAGG